ACCUUAACACAAUACUGUAGAUAUCGACCAGUUAACAAAAAUCUUGCAACUGGUUGGCAAGCCUGACCGAGUUUUUUUGAGUAAAAUAUCAAGUGAAACAGUAAGCUAAAAUCUGAAUUGAUAUAUUACUAACUAUAAUUUCAGGUUAACAAUACUCGAUAUAGAAGCCGUCAGCUUGUGAUUUUCGCCGUAUACAGGGUGUAUAAAAAAAACUGAACAGAUUUAAAAUUGCUCUCAAUUUCGCAAAACAGCUAUUUGUAUCCGGUUUUUUAUAUAUAUAGCCUCUUUGGAUACUUAUAAUGUAGAAUAAUGAGAAAAAUUUCUCGAACUCAAAUUUUGUGAACCAGGGGGGUGUGUCUUUUCCAACAAACUAAAAAUGGCUCGCGCACAAAAUUUAAAAGCUGCAAUCAUAUUUUGAGUUAACAGAUGGAAAAUUUGUCGGGUUUUUAAUUACUGUACAAAAUUUCAGACAAUUUGGUUUAGUAUAAGCCACUUAACUAUUCACGCAAAGUCACAAUUUUCCCGAAAAAUCAGCUAUUUGCAUGCUUAAUUAAUGCAUUUGCCUAAUUUGUAUAUGUCAGCAAUAUGCAAAUUAGGUAAAGGCAUAAUUAAGCAUGCGAAAGGCUGACUUUUUAGAACAAAAUGAAUAGUUAAAGGUCAUAAACUAAACCAACUUGUCUGAAAUUUUGUACAGUAAUUAAAAACCCGACAACUUUUCAAUCUAUUAACUCAAAAUAUGAUUACAGCUUUUAAAUUUUGUGCGCGAGCCAUUUUUAAUUUGUUGGAAAAGACACACCCCCCUGGUCGACAAAAUUUGAGUUCGAGAAAUUUUUUUCAUUAUUAUACACUAUAAGUACCCAAAGAAGCUAUAUAUAUAAAAAACCAGAUACAAAUAGGUGUUUUGCGAAAUUGAGAGCAAUUUCAAAUCUGUUCAGUUUUUUUUAUACACCCUGUAUAGCGUAGAACAAUGUCGGCUAUGUCUCUCCUUACUACAGAAAUGCCAAGGGAUAAAAAGAUUUUAUAACACAUUUUAAACGAUAUUUUUUAUUAAAUAUUUGGAUAAUAAGACAACAUCUCUAUAUUCCCCACAAUGGCUGCAAAUGGUAUCUUAGUUGGUUCUAAAUUUCAAAAUCUUCACGGGGAGACAGCCUUGGGUUUCUCCCUCCCCCCUGACAUAGCCAGAUAUGUAGGAGGAGGGGGGGGAGCUCAGCCACCGUUUUUAGGAGCUCAGGGCGCUGAGCCCCUUUGAGCUUUAGGAGCUCAGGUGGGUGAACCCAUUAAAAAAUUUAUGCUGAUUUAGGGGGCUGACCUCGCAAUAUUUUUGCAGAUUGCAUAUUCAUAACCUGGAAUGUUCUUUGCAACUGUAGUGUUGAAAUGAUGCAGUAAUGAUGUUCGUAAUCUGUACUUGAUUACUAUGAGCAUACUAUUAGGUCAUGUAUGUGGCUCCAACAUGAAAUAGCUUCGGUAUAUCGGAAUCUCUUAUUUGAAGUCCUUUCUUCAAAAAACACAAAUUGAAGAAUUACUAGAACCAAAAAUAAAUACUGGUAAUUUCCAUGUUUAUCAUGUUGCACCCUCCAUGGCUUGUCGCCCCACCCCCUUUAAGAGCCCCCCUCCCUUGUUAUCAUUUCAGUGUCACACCACUGCACAUUGCUGCUUACUUCUUUCAAAAAGCCACCAAACUCUAAAUUUAUAUUUGGAACCCUGUAUAAUUGCCAUCUACAUCACACCAUUACCUACGCAUUCCAUAGAAGGCGACUAUAAAACUACACUGUUUUUAAAUGUAGGCCAGAAACUACGUGGCCCAAAUGCCAGAAUACAAGAAGAAACCUUUCAGCGAGGUUUUUACCGGCGCAAAUGAACAAGGUAGGCUCAGAUAGAUCAGUGAUUUGAAAGAUUGGCAAUGUAUCAAAAGAGAUAGCAAUGCGCUUGCAGAAUUCUCGAAACCACGAGUAAUUAAAUUUAUAGUAACUUCAAAUCAUUCAACAACUUAAUUUUUCCAUUUAUACCGAAAGUUCAUUGAAAUAUGAAAUUUCCAACUCCAGCGCACAGCUCUAAAUACUCUUAUAUAUGCAUAUUCUAAUCUUCCAGUCUCAGCUAUAUAUGCAAAUCCCUGCGCAGAACGCGUCAUUUGGAUGUGCAGUGGAAAUUCACAAUUGGCCUAUUUGUACCAAUCCACAUUUUGUAUCUUUUUAGCGAUCGAUUUACUUGAACAAAUGCUGCUGCUUGAUGCAGACAACAGGAUUACAGCAGAAGCUGCACUAGAUCAUCCAUAUCUUGAAAUCUAUGCAGAUCAUGAUGAUGAGGUAGGUCUGGUGUGACGAAGAACCAUACUGCAUACACUAGGUUUCUAAUUAUAUACAGUAUAUCCAAUCAGUCAGAUGUGACCGUUACUACCCGAUUUACAUUUUGGGUUAUUAUAUGGGCUUUUCUCACGCGGGCCAAUAUCAGAGAAUCUAGACCAGGGUUUGAGAUUAGAAUUUUUUUCCUGAAAUCCAUUGUGGAUAUCACCAUUUCUUUUCAAAAUAAAACAUAUCCAAGUUCUCAAAAUAUUUAGUUGCUAUGAACUCAAAACUUCACUAAAUGUAAGAGCUUUCCCAUUACGUAAUGAUAGAGUUCAAUGUUAACCGCGCACCGUUAACUACACUGAACUGACUUUCGUAAUUGUCUUCAUUAAACUUGUGGAGAUGAAAAUGAUAGGAUUCCAAUGUUUCGACCAGGGGUGGAAAAAAUAGGCGAGCAUGCGAGCACUGCUCGCAGGAAAUGUUAAACAGCUGCAGGAAAUUCGUUUGAAUGAAGAUUUGCUAUUGAAAAUUUGAAGGAAACCUUAACACCCCAUGUUCCACUAUGGGCGCAACAACAUAUGGUUGACAGACAUUAUUCCUUGAAUUUUAAAAACCAUGGUCAGCUAGAACACUAUAUGUUUAUGCACAUGUAGAUUUUGCACAAAAAUACUCCGUUGGUCUGCAGGAAAUGUCUGUCUCGAGGUUGUGCUCCUAGGAAGGAAAUUAUUUUUUCCUGCCCUGGUUGCGACAUCUGGUAUCCACAAUUCACAACUCGUAUCAUCGGGAUACCCAAAAAUCUCGAUAUAGACCAGACCACCUGUAUUGGUGACUCGAAUCUGGUACAGACUAUAGUAACCCUGCAUUGUUGACUCAAAUGUUGUUUUUGUUUCUAGCCUGUGUGUGAGGCGAGAUUUGUUGAGCCACAUUUUCAAUCUGACGAUAUCGACUUUUGGAGAAGUAUGUUCAAAAUUUUACCUGAUAAAUAAUUUUGUAGGGUUUGCAGUUCUAGGACAAUUACGGAGCGGUCAUUAUUUAUGGCGUGGGUGGGUGGCACCGAAAAGAAAUGUGUUUCUUGGUAAAAAAUUUUGCUGAUCCAACCAUUAAAAAUCGUUUUUAGCCAACCUCAAAUGUCAAUUAAAAAAUAAAUACUGUACCCAUAUCCCUGGCCAAAAACUUUAUGAAAGAAUACCAUUCAGUUGUCACAUGUUGCUACUUUUGUGACAUGAGUUUGAUAAUGUGAAAUUAUGUAGUAAAUUACUUUCUUUGGAGACACCAUUUGCCUCCUGACAAAUCGGAAAAUGAUCAAAAUAGUGACUCUGAUUCAUUUACAUAUGACUGUUGACAUUGCGUUUUAGUUUUCAAUAUUUGAAGUGAGUCAGGCUUUCGAAAUGACAAUAAAUUUUUAUUCCCCAACCCUUUGCAUUGUUUUGUUUUUCAUUUACCCAACCUUUUACUCACUAAAAUAUUCCAUUUCAUUUACCAACCCUUUUCCUUUCGGUGCCCCUCCCAUAAAUAAUGAUGACCGGUCCCUUAGUCACAUUACAAAUAGAUUUUGUUUUUUUUUCUGUUGGUGUUUUUUUUCUGUGUUGGUGGUGGUAUUUUUUCUGUGUUGGUGUUUGUUUUCUGUGUUGGUAUUUUGUUAUUUGCAUGUUGUAACACUACUAAUACUAUAAAACUUUGUUUUACUUCACAGAGCUAACAUUUGAUGAGAUUAUUGAUUAUCGAUCUUCAACUUCAAGUUCAAGGCAGGCAGCAGAAGCAAUGCCAAUGGAGACAUGAAAAACAAAAUUUCCUGCAAUGAACAAGCCCUGAAGAGCCGGUCCUCCACGUGGCAGAAUUAGUGUGAUAAACGUCUCAGCCGGCAUGGAUAAAUUUUUGUAUAAAUCAAAGUACUUUGAUUAGGGCCUGCCAAAUGACGAUGUUAUCAUAUUAUGUUGAACAUUACGUUAUAAUGAAUGUUUUAAAUUUGAUUUAUGAGAACUGUAUUGGAUAAUUGUUUGCACUGAUGACCAAUGUAAAGCAAUGAUAGCCUAACUGGGUAGAUAGUUGACUGCCUUGUAUAUGUUUGCAAUAAAUAUGGACAUACUUUAUAUAUAAUUAUGUAACUACUAUAAUUCUUUAAUUUCUAUUUAAGUUAAUUUUAUGAACCUGGGUAUAAUGAUGUAGCAUAAAAGGGUUAAGAUUUCCAGUGAUAGAAUAUACCUGUAAGUAUCAUUUUUGGAUUUUGAAAUAACCUUGUCGAUCUCAAUGAAAUUGUUUUGAGAAAAUAAAGUUAAAGUGUGCUGAUUUAAUUCGUUCCCAGUUAUUUCGAUCUUUAUUUACUAUUUCGCAUAGUGAAAUGAAUGUAACUGGAAAGCUACCUUCCGAAAAACGGUACGCCUGUAAAGUCCUUGAAUAAAUGCAUUAACAGAAAGCUUUGAGAGCUGUUAAAAAAGCUAUUAUUAUAAAUUUUAAAUUAAACCGGUCUUCAAGAAUACAUAUUCACGGACUGACCGCGCUCUUCGCAAAGUAAAAAGACUGGGACUCAGGGCCGUAGGUUGACCGAUAAUUCGGGGAGCGAAUAUUCAUAUAUUCGUGUUCUGCCCAACGGAUUUAUUUUGAAAGCGAUUGUUUUUACUGUAUGUGAACAUGAAUAUAUGAAUAUACCCCCCCCCCCCAUUAUCGCGUCUAGCUACGGCCUGCUGGGACUGCCUUUCAAGUUUGGCUUCAAAUUUCCGGUUUGAGGUAGCGUUCCAGUUAUAUUCGUUUCACUGAUAAUUUAAAUAAUUACACGAAUCUGCAGUGUUUUGUGUCAGUGGUUACUUUGGCUCAUAGCUGCACGGUACUUCAUGAGACACUUAAUGAUAUAACGUUUUGAAAGUGCUUGCCACCAUCUUCUGUUGCUUCCUUUUACGAAACCAGACGGAAUUAUGAUUCCCGACAAAACCUUCGAACUUGUUGAAUAUGAAGAUUGCAACAGUCUCCAUAUUAUAUACAACAGUAUGGCUUACAAACCUGAUGUCAAUGUUGAGCCUGUUGAUCAUGUCAGCCUCUUCCAGUGUUGUAUGCUAAGCGAGGUCUUACGUUGUUUUACAUUAAGUCCGUAUCAAAAUCAUAAUCCUCAUCACCACUGUCCACCAUUUUCUCCUUAACUGGUACAGACGGUUGAGC